AUCACAUUUAGUUUAUAUUAAUGUUGGCAAUUUGACAUCUACAUUUUUUUCAGUGAUAAGGUACCUUUCAUGCACAUUAUAAGAUUUAUUACUUGCUAUUCCUGAAAUGAAUGAAUUUCAUUUGUCAACUCCAUGGGCUGAUGGGUGGCAGUUUGAUCGCAAAUGUUACAGUCUUCCCAACCACUAUGAGCGCUGCAGCUUAUCAGAUCAACUCAAGUGGCCUGCAUUGCUGUUAAAAAGUACCACAAGAGAAAAUGAUGCAUUCCAGCCUUCUUCUGCUGCUAUUUCAUCACAAAAGAACAAUAGACAAAACAUUAGUCAUGAAGUCUUCCAUGAAAGGUUGAGAUCAGUGAAGCAGUGGUUUGAAGAAUUCUCAGAUGUGCAGCGCAACAGACUCCUAUCAGAAAUUCUACCAAACUGCAAUGGCCGUCAGUUACACCUCCUCUCAACAUGGUUGUGUGGUGAUGGCUAUGUGACAGUUGAAAGUGCUGACACUUGUACACCUGCUGGCAAUGAUCAGCCAGAAAGUGGAGGCAGUGAUAGUUCAACAGAUGGCCACAGUGACACUGACAGCCUGAAUGUGGGUAGCAAUAAUGAUGAAAUGGCUUCUCGCAGUCAUGGUCCUCCAGGGUCAUGCCGUCUCCAUCUUGGGUGUCCCCCCAAUUGCCAAGAUCCUCUUUCUGUCCUGCCAGUGCAUAUUUCUUUCUCCAUUCUCUCCUACCUAGACCCGCAGAUGCUGGCCAGAGCUGCAGAAGUUAGCAGAGUGUGGCGAUGGAUGUGCAAUAGUCCUGUAUUGUGGCACCGCCUUGCCCUGCUGCCCAACUGGCGGUUGUCUCCUCUAGACCACAGCAAGCAGCUCGCCAAGCACACCAGUGACGCCGUCAUCAACUGGAAGGAGGUGGUGGUGGAGAGAUGGCGCGUGCGGCGCAACUGGUUGGGCGCUCACUGCCACGUCAGGACUUUUGCUGGCCAUUCAGAGGGCGUUACAUGCGUCCAGUUUGACAACAACAGAAUUGUGUCCGCCUCCCAUGAUAAUACAAUCAAGGUUUGGAGCAUGCGCACCAACAGCCAGUGGCCAGUACAGACACUGGUUGGGCACUCAGGCCGAGUUCGCUGCUUGCAUCUGAGUAACAACAGACUCGUGUCAGGGGCAGCUGAUGCCACCAUAAAGGUGUGGGAGGUGGUGGAGACGAGUGAGUGGUCCUCCAUCGUGUGCCGCGUCACCAUGACUGGCCACACCAACACCGUCCGAUGCCUUCAGGUGUGUGGUGACGACACGGUAGUGAGCGGAUCAUACGACCACAGCGUGCGAGUGUGGAGCCUUCCCUCAGGCGUGUGCCGGCAGACGCUCUUAGGCCACACGGGCGCCGUGCUGUCGCUGGCUGUUGUCGUGCCUCUCAAGCUCAUCGUGUCCGGUGGUGGUGACAACGCAAUUAAGAUGUGGGGGCUGGAGUCUGGCGAGUGUCUACGGACUUUACACGGCCACACGGACGCCGUGACGUCGGUGUGUGCAGACACCCAUGGCAUCGUGUCAGGGUCUCUGGACUCUACCAUCCGCUCAUGGGACGUCCUCACGGGCAAGUGUCUCUGUACCGUCAACUGGAUCAGCAGCGAGGGACACACUGGAGUGGUACGCUGUGUUGCUGCCGACGAGUGGCGCGUUGUGAGCGCCUCAGAUGAUAAGACAAUUAAGGUGUGGGAACGUCACUCUCUGAAGCGGCUGGUGACGCUCAGGAACCACACAGACGGCGUCACCUGCGUCGCCUUCAAUGAGUUCUUCAUCGUCAGCGGCUCUUAUGACAAGACAGUCAAGCUCUGGGAUUUUUCCGCCUGCUAAGAAUCUGGGACUUCUAUAUUCCUGCUGAGAACGUGGGACUUAUUUGCCUGCUGAGUACCUGAGAUCUUCUUGUCUGCUGAGUACCUGGGACCUCUAUUCCUGCUGAGAAUUGGAAAUCCAUAAGUGAAAUGACUCCUAAUUCCAAUUGAUUUAGUUAUCAUUUGUUGUUUUUUACGCACCUGCUUUAUUUUUAGUUU